UUUCUUCUUUCCAUUGCAAAUACAUCAUAUCUAUCAUAUCAUAUGACUUUCAACAAUAAUGUACCUACAAAAUUCCCGAAGCUUCAGCCUCGAGGACCCCCUGGUGAACUCUUUCUGGCCAACGAAAGAGCAAAGGGCACGUUUGAUGUGAACGGUUUGUCGAGGUUUAUCUAUGGAGAAAAAUGGUUGCAAAAGAUGGGUAGAGUUCUCGAAAUUAUGGAGACUGAACCUGCUUUCGAUAAAACAAAUCGUUACUACCAGAGCCGCAAAGAUAAAAUUGCCAGCUCAUUAAGGAAGGAUAAGCGUAUCAUUGAGGUUGCUCAGGAGCAAAAUUGGGAUGAAACGGAUGUUCAGAUUGCCAACUUUUUAUACGACCAAUCUACUCCUUUCACUCUGCACUACAAUAUGUUUAUUCCAACAUUGAAAAAUCAAACUACAGAUGAACAAAAGAAACUGUUCCUUGAACGUGCCUUAAAGCACGAGAUCAUUGGCUGUUAUGCACAAACUGAGCUCGGCCACGGGUCCAAUGUUCAGGGACUUGAGACCACUGCUACCUAUAUUCCCGAAACCAAUGAAUUUGAACUUCAUUCCCCUACUUUAACAUCCGCCAAAUGGUGGAUUGGUGGUCUUGGAAAAGCUGCUAAUCAUGCUAUUGUUAUGGCUCGUUUAAUCACUAAUGGCAAGGAUUAUGGACCACAUCCAUUCUGUGUUCAAAUUCGUAGUCUCAAAGACCAUCAUCCUCUACCUGGGAUUACGGUAGGAGAUGUAGGGCCCAAGUUCGGUUUCAAUUCCGUCGAUAAUGGUUUCAUUAUGUUUGACCAUUACCGUAUUCCUCACAUUGCUUUCUUGGCCAAGUACUCUAAAGUCAAAGCUGGUACCGGCGAAUACAUUAAGCCUCCAAAUGCAAAACUAUCUUAUGGAACUAUGGUUUAUGUACGUGCAAAUAUUGUCUUGGGCUCCCAAUAUGCUCUCGCCAAGGCCACCACAAUCGCUAUUCGUUACUCUGCCAUUCGUCAGCAAUUCGUUGAUACCGCUAACCCAAGAAAGUGGAAUAAUAAGGUUAUUGAAACACCUGUACUCGACUAUACUAUGCAACAAUACCGUUUAUUGCCUGCUGUUGCUGCUGCAUAUGCUUGCUUCUUCACUGGUCGUGAAAUGAUGCGCUUGUAUAACUUGAAUCAGGAAGCUAUGCAAAAGGGCAACUUUUCUCUUUUGGCUGAUCUUCAUGCUAGUUCAUCCGGUCUCAAGAGUUUAACAACAACCAUGGCUAUUGAUGCAAUAGAAGACUGCAGACGUGCUUGUGGUGGUCAUGGUUAUAGUAUGUUCUCAGGUUUAGGUCAAUUCUAUCAAGAUUAUCUUCCCAAUGUUACUUGGGAAGGUGACAACUACAUUCUUACGCAACAGACAGCUCGCUACCUACUAAAGACAUUCCGAAACGUCGUCGCUGGUAAAGCUGAGCAAUCUGAAUAUAAUCAUACUGUUCGCUAUUUGACGCAAUUCAUGGAAAAUCCCAAGUCCAAGUGCCCUGCUACUACAUCUACUGAUUUUCUGAAUCCUGAAUUAAUUCUUUCCGCCUUCGGCUUCCGUGCUGCCUUCAGUAUUGCUAAAGUAGCUGAGCAAAUCGAUCGUGAUGGUCGUUCUUGGAACUCCAUGCUGGUUGAGAUUAGCCGUAUCUCCAAAGCUCACUGUCAAUUCAUCAUCGUUCGCAACUUUAUUGUCACCCUUCAGAAUGAUGAGCAAUUGUCCAAACCUGAAAACCGUUCUAUGCUCCGUGUGUUGCGUUUGCUGGCUUCUCUAUUUGCCCUUCAUAUAAUGGAAAAAGAACUUUCUGAAUUCCUUGUCUCUGGCUAUUUGACGCCAGAACAAUGUGCUUUGUUGAAGCAACAAGUCAUCGAGCUUUUAGAAGAAGUACGCCCUGAAGUCGUCUCUUUGGUAGACGCUUUUGCUUUGCCUGAUUACUACCUACAUUCUGCUUUGGGUCGCUAUGAUGGUAAAGUAUAUGAAGCCAUGACUGAAAUGGCCGAACGAGAACCACUUAAUCAUACUUUGGUAGUUGAUGGAUACGAAGAAUGCAUCAAACCUUUUGUUGUUAAGAGACAGCGAUCAAUUGAAGAGAAUCAACAACAGCAGCUGCAGCAUGCCAAGUUUUAACAAUAUAGGACUCUGAUGUUCUUCGUUUAUACAUAUCUCGAUAUCUGUAGACAAUACUUCUUAAAUAGACAUUUCACACAUUCUUUACUAAACCCUUGUACAUUAGCCAUAGAUUAUUUUUUAACAGUAACUCAAUUUGUAGAUCAAAUCAAAAUAAAAUUUUGUUUGUAAUCACUCGAUUUCUAUCUAGCAACUUGUCUGAAUCUUUCAAUUUUGGGCAAAUUCUUCAGGACGGCCUUUUCGACGAGACAAAGAAAAUGCAUGAUUUUUGUACUUUGGAAUUCCGUCGAAUUCUAUAUUGAGACAUUGAAAAAGCCUUGACCUCUUUUACAUUUCAACCGCC